CGCGCGCGCGCGCGAGAGAGAGCGGUCAGCUGAGAACACCCUCGCGCCUGGGAGGUGAGCCAGGAUCUGAGAGGAGAAGCGGACGCGAAGACAUCUCCGACACAGUCCGAUAAACAUGGCGAAACUCGGGGUCCCGUUGGUGCUGCUCUGGCUGCUCUGGGGCUACUCCUUAGCUCUCGGUGGGAAAGUUAACAAGCACAAGCCGUGGAUAGAGACCUCCUACCAUGGAGUGAUUACAGAGAACAUGGACACGGUGCUGCUGGACCCUCCGCUAGUGGCUCUGGACAAGGACGCCCCGAUUCCUUAUGCUGGGGAGAUUUGUGCCUUUAAGAUCUUCGGUCAGGAUGCCCCGUUUGAGGCGGUGGUGUUGAAUCGGACUUCAGGAGAAGGAGUACUGAAAGCCAGCAGCCAGGUGGACUGUGAAAGCCAGAAGGAGUACACCUUCAUCAUCCAGGCCUAUGACUGUGGGGCUGGGCCAAAUGGAGCGGAUUGGAAAAAAUCUCACAAGGCCGUGGUUCACAUCCAGGUGAACGACGUGAACGAGUUCAGUCCCGUGUUUAGAGAGUCUCUGUACAAGGCCUCUGUGACCGAGGGAAAGAUCUACGACAGCAUUUUACAGGUGGAAGCUUGGGACCAGGACUGUUCACCACAGUACAGUCAGAUCUGCAACUAUGAGAUAGUCACUGCAGGAACGCCAUUUGCUAUUGAUCGUAACGGUAACAUCAGAAACACGGAGCAACUGAGUUUCGACAAACAGCAGAGCUACAAGAUUUUGGUGUCUGCCUUUGAUUGUGGCCAGAAGAAAGCCAAAGAGGAUGUGGGGGUGCACAUUGAAGUCAAACCUGUCUGCAGACCUGGAUGGCAAGGUUGGAACAAGCGGGUGGACUACGAGCCAGGAACAGGGAGCAAGCAGCUGUUUCCCAAGAUGCACCUGGAAACGUGUGGCGGUCCCUUGUCUGGCAUGAAGGUGAUGCUAGAGCUGCAGACAAACCACAUCGGAAAAGGUUGUGACCGGGAAACUUACUCUGAAAAGUCUCUCCAAAAACUCUGUGGUGCAGCAUCAGGCAGCACCGACCUCCUGCCUGCACCCAGCCCGUCCACAAACUGGACGGCGUCUCUGCUCACUGACAGCGGGCGAGACAGCGACCUCAUUUACAGGUUUGAUGGGCAUCAGGCUACAAACGUUCCAGAUCACGCCGUGCCCCAGAACCUGACAGACCAGUUCACCGUAGCGAUGUGGAUGAAACACGGACCGAGUCCUGGACUCCGAGCUGAGAAGGAGACCAUUCUGUGUAACUCUGACAAGACAGAGAUGAACCGCCACCAUUACUCUCUUUAUGUUCACAACUGCCGCCUGGUGUUCCUGCUCAGGAGAGACUUCACACAGAUCGACACUUUCAGACCUGCAGAGUUCCACUGGAAACUAGAGCAGAUCUGUGACAAGGAAUGGCAUUAUUAUGUGAUCAACGUGGAAUUUCCUGCAGUGACGCUAUUUGUGGACGGUGUGACCUAUGAACCCUACCUGGUGACAGAUGAUUGGCCGAUCCAUUCUGCCAAGAUUGAUACGCAGCUGACUGUGGGUGCCUGCUGGCAAGGUGUUGAAGUGGCAACCCCAAGGUUCACUCAGUAUUUCCACGGGAGCCUUUCAGGUUUGACAAUCCGACCGGGUCGCAUUGAAACCCAGAAGGUUAUCUCCUGCCUGCAGGCCUGCAAAGAAGGCCUUGAUAUUAACUCCCUUGAAAGCCUGGCAAAGGACAUAAAGUUUCAUUUCAACCCAGCCCAGUCUGUUCUGGUGGUGGAAGGAGAAGAUGUGGACAGCAUCAACACGGCCAUGACAAAGAUCUCCUACAUCAACUCACGUCAGUUCCCAACACCGGGCCUCCGACGGUUGCACAUCACAGCCUCCGUACAGUGUUUUGGAGAGGAAACGUGUCUCUCCAUCCCAGACAUCAGGGCAGUAGUAAUGGUGCUGCCUCCCAGUGAACCCAGAAUCACCAUCACAGGGUUGAAGCAGCUCAUCAGACCUGCCAGUGAGCUCCGCGGCCCGCUGGGCGUGGCACCUUUCAAGGAGCUUCGCAUCACCAGCACUGUGAUGAGGGGAGACGCCUUCGGUGGACCCCACAGGCUCAGUGUGACGGAGGUGAUGCACAACCUGGACUACUGUGACGUGCUGGUAAUUGGUGAUGAACUGAAUCUGGAGAGGGAAAGUCUGGAGAUUCAUCACAGUGCCCUGUUGGGAAAACAUCUCGAUGCCACCAACUCCACCUCAGGAGUAUCAAUAUACGGUGUGGACUCCAUGGCCCACUAUGAGCAGGCCCUGAGGCAGCUGCGCUACAGGAACUGGAGACCUGCUGCUCUGAGCGAGAGACGGUUUAGACUCACCUGCUCCGAGCUCAACGGACGAUACACCAGUAACGAGUUCAACCUGGAGGUCAGCGUUCUUCACCGCGCCGCUCCAAUGGAACAUAUCAAUCAUGUGGCGGCGCCGCCGCAGUACAUGAGACCUGUCCAUCACCCGCUCAUGAUCCACGCCCUGAACUCACACACGUCAGAAGCCGCACCUCCUGCGGCCACGGUGGUUAUUGUGAUUUGCAUCGCAGCUCUGGUGGUGAUUGUGGUGAUCGGCAUCUACAGGAUCCACGCCACACAUCAAGAAGCCUCCAGAGACGACGAGGAUGAAGUCAAAGAUCUUGAGACGGACUGGGGGAGCUCUGCACUCAACAUCACUAUCAACCCCAUGGAGGACAUAAGAGGCCCCCAGGCACUGGCAGAGGCGGUAAGAGGAGAAGAAUGUGAGGAGGAGGAUGAAGACGAGGAUGAAGAGCUGGUGGGAAGCGUGACGAUUGCUGAAUCAGAUAAGAGUGAUGAAGAGGAAGAGGAGAAAGAAGAAGGGAGUGAAGAGGUUGUUGGGAAGAGGGAAAAAUCUGAGUGGGACAGUUCACGUGUAACAUACUGAUCACACACACGCUCAUUCUCCAUCAACCACACACACCAUACAGGCAUUCAUACAAGCACGUACAGACACAAAAAAUAAAUCUGAUGAGUUACAGUCUUCAGCUGGAAGAUGCCAUUUUUAGAGAAGCAGCGCCCUCUGGUGGACAAAGGCUGCAUCAGAGUCGGCUGCGGCGCCACAGUGUUGGAAAGCGUCAUGUUUACAUCAUCAGUACUCACAUAACACUCAGUGGUGUUUAUAGGUCUAUCUAACAAACAGUCAUCCCAUUGCUGUGUGUGUCGACUGGGUUUGCUGGUCUUACUGGUACCUAACCCAACCACAAGGCUCCUCUCAUCAGAUUACUUAUUUCCCAAAAGGACGGUCUGUUAGAUGCUGAGUCACUAGCAGCUAAAUGUGUCCAUACAUGUAUGUAAUAGUUAAUGUAUCAAUAAACCUUUUAGAAAUAACUUUAAUUAGUCUGAAUAUUAAGUAGAACACUGAGUGUGUGUGUGUCCCAUAUUUAACCACCGUCUCACACCUUUUAGUCACGAAUGUUGUUCGUUAGCAAUGCUGUGGUUCUGUGGCCAGGACACGAAAGAGAGAACAUCUAAAGUUUAACUGAAAAUACUCCUUAAGUUACUCACCUGUUUACGUACAAGAACUAAAUGUUACAGAUUGUCUUCUCUAGGUUCUCGAAAGUCUUUCAAAAAUCACAUUAAAAUCUUUUAAAAAGCUUUUUUCCAAACAUUUAUUUUUUAUUAAAUGUUUAAACAAGAUUAAGUUAUUUUUUUCUAUCCAAAUUUUCUACAUCAUGACUUGAACAAGGCGUUUCUGAUUUAAAUAACUUUGUUGUUCCAGAACAUUUCAUUUAUCUUUAAUCAGAAGAUGAAAUUAAACAGAGCUUUUAUUAUAAUUAUUUAAAAGAGAGAAUUCCAGACUUCAUGAGAGUUAAAGGAACAGGAGUGCAGCUUUGGGCCUUUGUGCAGAAAACUAAUGAAGGUUAAAGAAACGAUGUUGUCGAAGCCUCAUAAAGAUGUUUGAUCUGCAGGACAGUCACACCCAUUUGUCUCUGCUCGUCUUUAAAACCUCGUUUGUUUUAAACGUUUAGAUUCAUCUCGUCUCCCGUCAGCCACGCUUACAGUUUGCCCUCACAUCUCUCGUGGGCUCAGGCAGGUUUUAUGUCAACAAAGGGAGCAGCUUCCAUGUCUCGUAUCAGAUGAUCCGAGCCGAAGAACAAAACAAACUCAUGAGUGCCGUCGGGUGAGGAGGACUCCAGUAUCAGAGCCGUUUGCUUUGUUGACUGAUCAAAUAUGAUGAUGUCUUCUCACCUCUGGUGACGUUUACUCUCGCUCUGAUGGCUCUCAUUCACACUUGACAUUUGACCUUAACACAGAUCACAUUAUGCAUGUGAGCCGCUGUAAUCAGAGGUUUCUGUCUGAUCUGUGGAAAGUCUGAUUCUGUUAGAUUCCAGCCAGCUUCCCUGCGGGAGAGUAAAACCAUCACACGCUGAAAGGUCCCGUUCUUCUGACACCCUCACAAACCCAGGUCACAUCCAGGUUUCGCUUCGUCUCCUCUCUGCUGUUCUCCAUCUUUGAGCUCUAACAGAAACGUUUGGUGUUCACGUGUCUUUUAAUCAUCUGUGAUGUAUGAUAGAGUCAACAUUGUGAAACAACUGUUUCCUCCUGCCACACGAUGCUCCUGAUACAUUAAUGACUUUAAAAAGAUUCUUUUACAUAAAACCCUGUAAAAAUAUUUAAGACAGUUAUUUUAUAUAUGUUUCUUUUUUUGUAAACAAAAUGGUUGGGAUUUCUUUCUAUCUAGUGGUCAUCCCGCUGUUUUCUGUAAAUUGACCAAUAAAGAAUUGUUUUAGACUCUA